GUAAUGACUUGUUCCUGGUGGCGGUGCACGAGUUGGGUCAUGCGUUGGGUUUGGAGCACUCCAACGACCCCAGUGCCAUCAUGGCUCCGUUCUACCAGUACAUGGACACGCACAACUUCAAGCUGCCUCUGGACGACCUGCAGGGCAUCCAGAAGAUCUACGGUAUCCCCACAGCCAUGCUGGAGCCCACCCGCCCGCUGCCCACUCUGCCUUCCCGACGGACGCACUCCACCUCCAAACACGACCGCUCCCGCCCGGCGCGUCCGUCCGGCGACCGGCCCGCGCUGCCCGGCAAUGGGAAACCCAACAUCUGCGACGGAAACUUCAACACCGUGGCCUUCUUCAGGAGGGAGAUGUUCGUGUUCAAGGACCGCUGGUUCUGGCGCCUGCGGAACAACAAGGUGCAGGAGGGCUACCCGAUGCAGAUCGAUCAGUUCUGGAAGGGCCUGCCGCCUCGCAUCGACGCCGCCUACGAGAGAUCAGACGGGAAGUUCGUCUUCUUCAAAGGAGAUAAGUUCUGGGUGUUCAAGGAGGUGACGGUGGAGCCCGGGUUCCCCCACAGCCUGGUGGAGCUGGGCAGCUGCCUCCCGAAGGACGGCAUCGACACGGCGCUGCGCUGGGAGCCCGUCGGGAAAACAUACUUCUUCAAAGGAGAGCAGUACUGGCGCUACAACGAGGAGAAGAACACGGCGGACCCCGGGUACCCCAAGCCCAUCACCGUGUGGAAGGGGGUCCCCGACGCACCGCAGGGGGCCUUCAUCAGCCGCGAGGGAUACUACACCUACUUCUACAAGGGGAAGGAGUACUGGAAGUUCGACAACCAGAAGCUGACGGUGGAGCCCGGAUACCCGAAGUCCAUCCUGCGAGACUGGAUGGGCUGCGAUCAGUCGGACAUGGAGCGCUCUGGCAGCAAAGGGAACCGUGGAGACCGCCAUCUGCCGCUAGACGACGUGGACAUCAUGGUGACCAUCAACGACGUCCCGACGACGGUCAACGCCAUCGCCGUCGUGAUCCCGUGCAUCCUGUCGCUGUGCAUCCUGGUGCUGGUGUACACCAUAUUUCAGUUCAAAAACAAAGGAGUGCAGCAGAGCACCAUUACGCAGCACUACUACAAAUACCCUGUUCAGGAGUGGGUAUGACAGGCAACACUGGUUUGAAGAGGUCAUGGAUUAAAGAAGACGGUUGGCUAGCUAAUGUUGGCUUUAGGCCAGGAUCGCUAGCAACAAAAACAAUGGAAAGUCAACGCUGAAAGACGCUAAUUGUGCUAGCUUGUGAUGAACAGACGGACACUGAAAAUGCGUGUAGGUUUAGACAUUUGAUCAGUCUUAGAGAGAAGUUCGUGCCUGUCUUGUGACACAAGUGUAAAGCGGCAAGUUGUCCGAUUAUGACUUUUUCCCGUUCCUCAGCGGGGAAGGAUAGCAAUGGCUAGGAUAAGCGAGCGAAGUCCACAAAGACUCCUGGAGGAUCUGAUUGGAUAAGGACAGGAAACACACCUCUCUUUAAGUGAAACGGGGUCUCAUCAGCGACACUGAACUUUGACUUCUCGGACCUAAAACACAACUCUCCUUCUCAGUGGAAAAAAAAAAGAACGAGGAUUCGGGGCGGAAAGAAUACGCUCCUUAAAGCCACCUCCAAGUUUGUUCUAACAACAACUUGUACACGUGAACUACUUCAACUUAACGACAAGAAAAUAAAGAAUAAAAUAUCUAACUUGAAGAAAACAUGUAGGUAGAAAGGCCAUAUUAAAAAAACAAAAAAAACAAGGAUCUCUCUCUUGAUCUUUUAAUUUAAUUUGUAUUUAUUUAUAGUUGUAUGGACCUGCAACAUUGUCAAAGAGGACCUUCUUCUCUCUUCACUUUACACAGCAACACUUUGUCAGCAUUAACUAAAGGAUUUGUCAACUUUAAACUCCCCUGCUUUGAUUUUCCCAGCAUCGACUGAAGCAUAUUGAUAGAAAAGAUGAAUGACAUUUUAACAGCCUUAUCUCUGUCUCCAAACAUAUGUGCGCAUAUUUAACAAGAUGAACGCAAACCAGGGCUCGUAUUUAUCAAACUUAUAAGUGAAUUAAUCACACAAAAAAAUCCUUUUCAUUUACUUCUAAUAACAAACUUCAAAAAUAAAAGUGUCAGAUGUUUUUAGUGAUUGUUCAAAAAUACAAUUGGCUAUGAUGAUGAUUUUAAACUACUUUUUAUUAUUCUGUGUGUGCAUGGAUUGGAUAUUAAUGCAUAAGGCAGGUGUACAAACAAUAACAAAACUAAUUGUAUUUAUUGUGUAUCUUAUAUCUUUAACUUACUUUUUCAACCAGCAGGAGAAUUUUGGAAUUAGUUGUUUUUUUACCAUUUAAGCCAAUUUCCUAAUAAUUGAUCUCUUUUUACACACUUCAAACAUAUUAAAAUGCUUGUUUACAGAUUGUUAUAUAUUUUAUUAAUUGAUACCUGUGAUUUUGGACUUUUAAAUUACACAUUUUGCACUUACUAUUAAAGCAAUUUUCUAAUAAAUGAACAAUAUGAGAUAUGUAGGGUUACACCUUCAGUCUGAUUGGCUCUACAUACAUGUAAUUAAGCUUCCCUUAUGUUACACUUUGCUACUUGAUAAAUGUCUCUCACACUUAAAAUAACUUUUUUUAAUGGGAGAUUGAGUUUUAAGUGUAUUCUUAGAGGUUUGGUAAAUACGGGCCCUGACAGAGCUACGGUAGGUAUUUUGAUCCUCGUCGUUGUAUUUCUCUCUGCUCCUCUACAUGUGAGUGGAUUAGAGAUUUGCAAAAAGGAGGGGAUAGAGAAGGGGGGGUGCACAGAGGAUACAUGUGGGUCUGAAUUAGUAUGCCGUCUGCAGCAAGGAGACGUCGACCGAGCUUAAUGAAGUACUUCUGUUCCCAAGCUCUGACACGGGCCACUCGUCCUCCUCAUCCUCCCUCCGUCUCUUCUCACCGUCCAUCUGUCUUUCCCUCUAUCUUUGUCCCAUGAUUUAACAAGUGCUUUAAUUGUUUGUUGAAACUAAGGAGCUUGUAAUUUGUCUCCAGUUUUCAUCAAAAAGUGCCAAAAUGUCUAGUCUUGGCUCUCGAUACUUGACUUUUGCCUCUCAGAAGGAUUUUAUGACACUUUUUAAACACGCCUUGUUGUAUUUCUGUACUUAUGAUCAUUAGAUAUGUUUAAAGGGAGCAGGAAUGUUUAAAAGGUGUUGGUGGUUUCUGUGAGCAAGGAAUUUAAUUUACAGGGAUUUAAGUACUUCAAUAGGGGAACAUUUGGAGAAACUUUGUGAACUAAGACAAUGUAAUUCUGACAUGGUGACAUGGAGGCAUGGUUACAAUCCCAGUUACAAAAAGACUUAACUUAAGAUUUGAUAAAACAGAUUGAAUACUCUCAUUUUAUCACAUUGAAAGUUGCCAUGCUCAACUUUAAUGAAAGGAUUUAUGGUGGUGAAGAGAUGAGGUUUCUUUCUGUAAGGCAGACCAGAAUUGAGCUAACCAAGGGUUCCCUCCACAAAAAAACAAUGGGAUUUUUGAUCAUUUCAGAAAAUAGCGAUGCAUGCACAAAAAGGUACAUUUUCUUUAUAGCUACACGUCUUGUAGAACAGCAGCACUGCAGCUCUAACUUAUUUUAAUACACAAGCUGCUCAUUUAAAUGUUAUUAACUCCAUUGUGACUCAUAACGGUUCAUUUAGAGGCCAGUCGGAUACCCAGAGGGAUUCUGGAGUCCCCCGUCCACGACCCCCCCCCCCUCCCAGGCAGGAGAUCACACACUGAGUCGCUGUCUUUGUGAGGAGAUAUUAUUAACUAAACUAUAAAUAUCCACAUACUGAUACUGCAGCAGCGCAUCACUCCCAGUGGGGAAAGAAGUACGUUUUAGUUCAAUAAAAGUAGCAAUACUAAAUUGUUAAAAUACUCUGCUAGGAGUACAAAAACCUCCUUUCAAAACCUUACUCACUCACUCGUAGUGGAGUAUAAAGUACAAUAUUAGCCUCCAAGCUGUAGUGGAGUAGAAGUAUGAAAAGGCCCAAAAUGAAAACACAAGUACCUCAGAAUUGAAAAGUUAAAUACUUGAGUAAAUUUACUUCAUUAUGUUGUUUUUCCACAUCACUCUCGAGGCUACUUUACAUGUAAUCGAGUACAUAAUGUCUCCAGCCCUGCAUUACUCACAGAGCUCUCCGUCCUGCAGUAAUUGAAUGUGUUCCCUCCGUAUAUACCUGUGCAAUGACUUGCUGCUGUCGAAAGCAAUUCAGCACAAAUCCAUGUCGUUCAAUGUCCCGACGGCGCUUAGAAGAAAAACAUGUGUUCCUCGAGGGAGUAGAAUAAACGCGGAAUAAGACAUGUGCUUCUUUUACCAUUCAGCCUGUACACGUUCAGACAGGAGGGUCGUGGGAAACAUGAAUGUCUAUCUUGAGAAAAACUGCCUGUUAGACCAAUUUCUGUCGUUCGUUAUACACAUUUUAAACAUAUAGAAAGGAGUUAUGAUUCUCAAAUUUGGGACGGUUUAGGUUUAUUUCACUGUUUCAAUGACUUUAUGAAAUACACUUCAGGUGUUCUGCUUUAGUGCACUUAUUAUUACUACAUAAGAGGGUAGAAAUGAUGUGUUGUUAAUAUAAUACAGUGUGAUUUAAUAUGAGGGAUGGUGGGAGCAAGUUAUUCCACCCACAUGUAAUAAUAAUCAUAUCUCCAGUUUAAUGUCACACACCGUCAUUGUUGUCCUUGGUGCUCAUUCAAUAGAAGACACCUGGCGUACGGGAUUAUGACUUCAGUGUUGCUUUCAGGGACUUCCUGCAGGUUGAUUAAAACACCUUUCUCUUCCUGACACGCUGCACUGAUGCAAUCGGGGAUUAAGUGCCUUGCUUCACGGCACUUCAGCAGUAGAUGUUUUAAGGAAGAGAGCUUCUCGUGCAGUUUUUAGAGCUGAUUUUUACUGGGAUUUUCUGAGGCGUUAAAGCCGGCAAUUUUCUGGUUGGUUGCACGUCUUUGUUUUUUACGGUUUAGGCUCCUGUUGCUUCGACUAGGAAUGACUCCUGUUCUCACUUCAUCCUCAUCAGGUUACAGUGUUUAUAUUAAGUCAUCCAAACAAAUUGCAUUCCCAUUCAACAAAUGUACAUUGUCAAUAACUUUUCAAGGGAAAUGUAUUUUCUCCCGAUUAGUUUGAAAUGUUUCCUUACCUUAGUAUAUGGGACACCCACUCUCCAAGGUGAGUUAUCAUCAUGCCCUAUAAGCUUGUGCUUGGUGCUCGGAAAUAGGUCUCUAAUCAAAAUCUGUUUAAGAUGAUAUACACUCCUGUGUAAACUAAAAGUAUACGUUGACUUAUUUUAACUUAAGUUAGCUUAGUCAAAUGUCAAACAUACAUGUUUGAAGCCAAACUGUGAUCUUUGACUAAACAUUAUCAAGUCCUUUUGUUGUUUUUCCAAUUUAAUAAGUGCAAAAAUGUAUUUUUUUUGUAUGGGGAUGUCAUUUCUAAAAGGAACGAUUGUUAAAGGGAAGCGUUUGAGAGGCCUGCAGUCCUUAAUAAGAGAGGGAAAUGUGUUACCAAAUGUUUUUAAGAGAAGGGGUGUUAAAGUGCAGGUCACACGUGAUCUGAAAGAGACACCGUUAACCCCCUGGGAGAAAAAGACUGAAGCUGUGUAAAUAUGAACUGAGUUUUACAGAGAAUAGCAGUUUACAAACGUACAGUGUUCUUCAGCAGAUGUCUGUUAGUGGAAAUGGAAGUAAGGUACUUGAAGAAAACAUACCGUAGUGAUUUACUGUCGCCUAUUCAUAGACACAUAAAGACUAAAUAUAUGUACAUGUGAUUUUUAGUUUGAAACCUAUUUAUUCAGGUUCUUUACUUAGAGGGCAAAGGGUCCUCUGAAGAUUUGCCUCUUGUAUGGUUAUUGUACGCAGACCUGGGACAAACUGCGGUAGGGAUUUGUCCCAACAUGCCACCAUUUGAUCCUCGUCUUUGUUCAUGUUGCACUCCAUCUCUUUGGACAUUUCACACCACUUACUGUGCGUCCUUUAAGGUGCUUCCUAAGAGGAGGGAAGGAGCUUAGUUUCAGGUAGAAAAUAAACUAAAAGAAACACAGAAAAGUUUUAGUCUUGAGAGAAGCAGCGUGGAGGGGUCAUUUUGUCCCGGGUCUGGUGACGUUCUGGUGGCUCUGGACAACAGUGAGUUGCCUUCAAAGAGAGACUUAGUUUUCUGGUGAAGCCACUCCCAAACAGCACUGACACGUUCUGUAGAUUUUAUUUACCGUAAAUUCAGAAAACUACUCUCUUCAAUCCAUAAUUACAAUCACAAUGAUGCAGAUUUGUCUUUAAGUUGUACAAACAUGUGGACAUCUGGGUAACGCUUGGUUUAACAAUCUUUAAAAAACAUAUGUAAUUGUAAGAAGGUUAUAAGGAGGCAUCCAUUUAAAUUGGACAAACUAGUACACUUCGAAUUUCAAUUCAUCGGUAUAAUGACUUUGACCAUAGUUUGUAUAAAAAUAUCAGAAUCAGGUUUAUUACCAGGUAGGUUUACACGUACGAGGAGUUUGACUUGGUGUCGUGGUGCAUCAAAACAAGAAUUAAAAACACAGGUAGAGAACUAGAAAAAUAUAAAACAUAUAGUAAAAAUAACAGUAUUUACAUUGCAAUGGAAUGGAGUGAUAAGGAAUAAAAUAUGGAAUAAAAAAUCGGCAGUAAUACAAAAUAUUGUUGUAUAUGGUUUUCUUCCCAAGCGCUUCCAUUGGAAGAGGCGGCCAUUAUGAAUAGCAAGGUUUUAAUAUUCAAAAUAAAACUUAACCUAUCAUUUAGGACAUUUAACCUUAAAAAUGUAAGGUGUAACAUCGCCUUACAGACAAAACAAAAGAGUGUAUUUCAAACUGUUAGUAUGAAUAGUUGUCCCACUCCAUCUUGUAUUUUGUUCCAGCAAUGGUUCUAUUACUACAAUUUUACAAUUUGAGUGUCUAUGUCAGCGUGAGCUAGGAGUGGCUUCCCGUGGCUAAGUCUUCCUUUAACUUGCCUGUUGUUGCCUUUAGUUUCUAAUGUUCUCUUUUCUUAAAAAGUAAAUACAUAUAUGCGUAGGUGAAUAAAAACAUAUCAAAGGUAUUCUGGGCAGACUCUUUGAAGUAACAAGAUAUAUUAAAGUUCUUUGGAUAAUAUCACGACUUCUACUAGUACUGCUUCGAGGGAGAUGUUAUCAGAUUAUAGCUUUAAGAGAGAUUCAGUUUUUUCUUUUCUUAUAAAGACAAAGAAACGUUUUCUGUCAAUACCUUCUGGUUUCUUUUUUUGGUUUGGGGUUUUUUGACCAAAUGGUUUGAUUAUAAAAUCUAAAUGAAAAAAUGUCGACCAUGGCUCACUUCUUUACAUGCAAAAAGAUGCACCAUUUUAUUUAAUUUUGUUUUGUUUUUGUUGAGUGAUCUCGACGUCCUCUCCAGUCGGAUGGCAAGUAUCAGCUCAUGUAAAUAUGAAGACCAAUGUAUUUUUAUUUCUGUCUCAUUUGAGAUGAAAGUCCUGAUUAUUUGCACAUGAUGUUGGACCAUUUUUAUGACAAUGCUUAUGGUUGAUAGGCAUGUUUACGUUUAUGACUUUCUGACGACUUUACUGUAAUUUCACUUUUAUUUCUUUAUUAUUUAAUAAGACAAAGUUUUAUUAUUUAAAACGCUAACAUAUCUGGAGCAGAGAAGAUUCUUUUGGUUCUAUGUUUGGUUUGGUUUUACUGUCCCACGCCAAUUAUAUACCAAUAACACCAUGUUCUGUUUACAAUGACAUGUCAAUAAAGGUGGAAACUUCAUUCUCUAAAA